AGCGUGGAUCUGAUUGGCUGGCUUGGACACUCGUGUGUUUUUAAAUCGUAGCUGACAAGCUUUCAUGAACUAUCUGUCAAAAUUGGUUGGAACGUCAAUCCAUUGUGUAUUUGCCUCAGCCAGAAACAAUGCGGACCAGUGAGUUUGAUUCAUCCUCUGAUGAAGAGGAAGUUUGUGAAGAGCAUCGGACACCUUUCCAGAUCUCCUGGUUGCCCUUGUCCAUAGUGGACUGUUCUCUGUUUCUUGGAAUAUGUCCUUUGCCAGGGUGCAAAUUCAAAGAUAUCAGAAGAAAUUUACUGAGAGAUGUUGGUGAGCUGCAGAACCAGGGGGUGCAGGAUGUGUUUGUGUUCUGUACCAGAGGAGAGCUCCAUAAGUACCGUGUGCCUAGCCUGCUGGAGACCUACAGGCAACAGGGGCUCGUGGUGCACCACCUGCCCUUCCCUGACGGGGGCACCCCUGAACUGCAACAGUGCUGCCAGAUACUGGAGGGACUGCAAGACAACCUACACAACAACAGGAAGACUGUCAUCCAUUGUUACGGAGGCCUGGGUCGCUCUGGACUAAUUGCUGCCUGUCUGCUGCUUCAGCUGUCCAUCUCCAUGACUCCCAACAAAGCCAUCGAGAUCCUAAGAGAGCACAGAGGGGGUGGGGCCAUUCAGACAGUCAAGCAAUACAACUUCCUGCAUGAGUUCCGGGAAAAAUACUCUGCCUACCAAGAAACCAAAGCAGUCUCAACAGAGCGAUCGGUGUCGCGGUGAUACCAUUCCCCUUCAACAUCAACUGAGCUGUCUUUUUAAAUUAAUUGGGAGUAAUAAAAGCAUUGAAUGAAUAUCAACCUCUCUCAAAAAGAGAUGGUUUAACAUGAUUGUAUGUGUUCUCUUAUAGCACUUUUUAAAAAGGAUGUUUGUUUUAAGCCAUUUUGUUCUUAAACUAAAAGUUUUAGGGAUUGUCGUGCUCUGAUAUCGGCUUUACAUUGCGAUUGAAUGAGUGCCUCUGUGAUAUGGGUUUGCAAGAACUAUUUGAAUCAAAAUGAGUAAAUAAAGUGGCUUCUAUUAAGCGGGACUGUU